AUUCAGUCAGCACACAACUCCUGGGCACCUGCAAAGUCCCGGCUAUGGGUAGGGGGAAGAAAGGGGAGGCAGACACAGCCCUAGCCCCUGCCCUCGAGGGGCUUUCAGUAUGGAGGGAGAAACACACACUCAAAUAGGUCAUCAUCCCACCUGUCCUGAGCCUAUGGGGCACUAUGUGCUAGGGGCGGUGGUGGCCCAGAGAAGGAAGUACGUAUCCACGCCCAGGGCAGGGCUCGGAUGCUGCCAGAGAAGUUGAUAUUAGAACUGAACCUGGCGAGGUGAGUAGGAGAUCAGAGGAAGAAAGGGGCAUUAUGCCAGGCAGAAGAAAUGCCAUAAGCAAGCAUGCCAGAGUGGGAGACUGCAUGGCCCAUGAUGGGGAGGAGGUAGAUGGUAGUCUGCAGGGGGGAGCAUGCGGGGCUGGAUCAUGGAUGCGGGGCCUUGAGUGACCACCACUCUCUCCACCUGCAGGCUACCUUAUCAUCCAUGUGAUGCAGAGCCUAUGCGGCAUGGUGGUCAUGUACAGCCUGGUGUUACCCAUCAUCCAAACAAGGGCCUGGAGAUGCUGCGAGGCCUGGGCAUCGGGACCCUCACCGUAGCCGUUGUCGUGGGUAUCAUGAUCCUGCAAGUGUGGAUUGCUGCCAGCUUCUUUCUGCAGCCAAAGAUGGGCACAGCUGACAAGCAGAAGCCCUUGGCGCUCAACAACAGGAAAGCAUUCCACAACUUCAACUACUUCCUGUUCUUCUACAACGUGCUGCUCGGCCUGGGCGCAUGCCUCUUCAGGCUGUUGAUCAGCUGUGUCCUGGGCACGUGGCUGAUUGCGCGCAUCGACAGGACCAUCAUGCAGAACGGCUACGAGAGAGCAGACAUGGGGUUCAGAGCGUGGAUUGGCAUGCUCUACGUGGACCAUUAUCACACCAACCCUGUGCUUGUCAGCUUUUGUCACAUCCUGAUGACAGGUCACAGGGAGAGGAAGCUGCAGCAGGCCAUCAAAUACUGGCGCCUAAGCCAAUCAACAGGUCCCCGAGUCUCAGCUCGUUCCAGGACAAGGUGGCUUCUGCUGCAGACUCUGAUCAACAACCCCAGCCUCAUCAUGUUCAGAAAACCAAAAGGGCACGGCUCCCAAGAGUUUACCCAGAUUCUGCUGACAUGCUCAGAGAGCUGACACUGGCCCCAACACCUGCUCCAAGGCCAGGCCAGGCCAUCUCCCCCAGAAGGAAGACUCAGGCUUCCCAGCAGCUGUCCCCUGUGGUGAGAUGGGAUGGCACCAGGCACUGUGUGCAGGCAGCAGACAGCACCAACCACCUGUGGGAUGGCCCACCUGGGCUCUCCAUGGAGCCCCAGGACAAUUUCACUCCCUUAACAACAACAACAACAAAAAAAAAACACCUAAAGAAAAGUUCUGCUGAGCAAACUUUACCCAAUAAUGCCUUCCACUGUCCAGGUGGGGAGGCAGACUUGGGAGUUAUAUGGUAGAACCACUUAGUUUGACUACAAGGCAGAACUUUCUGUCAUUGAAGAAAGUGGUAAAAUUUCUCUAUCAGAAGAGUCAGACCAGAUUUUUCUCUGGAACAAAGUGGGGCCUUCAUCUCAACAAGAUCCUCAUUGCUUCCUCCUUUCAAGGCAUUAUGGUUGGUGGGAAGAAAAGGAAACCUACGAUCCUGGCCCCCAAUCUGGUAGGGCUAGCAGGCACAAAUCAAGCUGUCUCCUCCAUGGCCAGGGGGAUGAGGGAUGGAUCAGAACUGGCCUAGGCGGUGAUCAGAAUGAAGGUGUAUAUGUUCUCUCUGACAUUGGUGAGGUGACCAAGAGAGCUGCCUGGCCAAGAGAGGCAAAGAUGGAAGGCGGGGGCUCCCAGAGCAGAGGUGUGAGACCAGGCAAGCCCAGGGCAGGUUUCAGGAGGGUGAGCCAUUUAGGAGUGUGGGGGUACAGGGUGUAGGGGGCUGGUUAAGACCAUUCCAAGGAGGGCCCAAAUGCCGCACUACAAGGUCUGGUCUUUUCUCUUUGCUGAAAACAAAAAACAAAAACGCAUUGCUGUGGAGUUGACUCCCACUCAUAGCGACCCUAUAGGACAGAGUAGAACUGCCCCAUAGGGUUUCCAAGUCUGUAAUCUUUAUGGAAUCAGACUGCAACAUCUUUCUCCCACAGAGCAGCUGCUGGGUUCAAACCACUUACUUUUUGGUUAGCAGCUGAGCAUUUAACCACGUCACCACCAGGGCUCCUCUUUGCUGAGAAGACCCAAUCCUUAUGCUCAGGCGUAAGGUAUCUGACAACCUGGGGUCCUACACAAAGCCUGACCAUUCAAAUCACUUGUGAAGUCUCUCCAAAUGCCACGAGGACCCAACCGGCAGGGCAGAGGGAAGUCUCUGGCCACCUCAAGAGUCCCAGAGCCAUUGAAAUGUGGUAACCAUUAUUAACUACUUACUGUAAAUCCAGUCCUGUUGCUAGGUGUGUUUGCCAGAGCUAUCUCUUUUAACUUAAUCAGCACAACUAACCUGUGUCAUCCUGCUUUAAUAAGGAAUCAGUUGCUGGCUAUUCUUAAGUCAGACGUCCACACCUCUCAGUCCGUUGUCUUUGUUACGAAGUUCUCCUUUGCCUUCUUUCUACGAGUUGGAAUACCCCAGGGCUUACAUCUUGCCACCCUCUUUUCUCUAGUUAUACUCUCUAGGGGGUCUCGUUUUAUCUUAUAGUCCUAAACACCAUUUGGAUGCUGAUAACCUCCAAACGUCUAUCUCCCAUCCAACCUCUCUCCUGAGUUUAAGACUCAUAUAUUCAAAUCCUUAAGUGACAUCUCCAUUUUGAUGUCUAAUAGGGAGUUCAAACUUAUAUGCCCAAACAAUACCCUUGGUGUUCUCUUCUUCUCCCCUCCCACCCCCCACCAUACACCUCCUCUGUCUGUCACCCACUUGCUCAAGCCAAAACCUUGACAUCGUCCUUAACUUCUAUUCCCUCACCCCUAAUGCUCAAUUCAUUAAUAGUUGUGUUGGCUUUGCCUCUAAAAUUGAUUCCAAAUCCAUCCCUUCUGUCUCCACUGUACAUUCUAGUCUUAAUCAAUCAUCUCUCAUCUGGACCACUGGUACAUAACAGUCUCUGAACUGUUCUCUCUUAAUGGUUCUCUACUAAUGACUGGCUCUUCCUGGUGUCAAACUAUUCCAUCCGCCAACCUCUAUAAUCCAUUCUCCACACAGCAACCACAAUGAACGUUUAAAAAUCUAAUCAAGUUGAAACCAAACCAAACCUGUUGCUGUCAAGUUGAUUCCAACUCAUAGUGACCCUAAUAUGACAGAGCAGAACUGCCCCAUAGAGUUUCCAAGGAGCACCUGGUGGAUUUGAACUGUCGACCACUUGGUUAACAGCCAUAGCUCUUAAACCAGUAUGCCACCAGCAAGUUAGGCUCUUGCUGAAUACUCUCCAGUGGCUUCCUGUUUCGCAUUGAAUGAAAUCACAAGAGCUACGUUUUCAUCUCUAAUCUACCACUGACUUCUUGCAUUAUCCUGAGUAUAAACCCUUUCCUUUUUCUGGGCCCCAGUUUCAGGAUCUUCAAAUGAACUUGGCCUGAGGGACUGAUGUGUGGGGAUAGAGGCUGAGGGAGGCCCCAGAGCUCUCCACCCCCACUUCAACUGCUUUCUCUGAUGCUGUAUUGCUAUAUCUUGCCUGUGAAGAAUGCAGUAGAGAGUUUUCAUAUACGGUUUUUCAUCUGCAACUUUACCCUGGAAUCCUUUUUACCCCUUUUUUUCUUUUCAUACUCAGAUUUUUAUUUGAAAAUUUUUAUUUUAAAAAAUUUCAUUUUUGGUGAAAAUAUAUAUAAUAAAACAUAUACCCAUUGAACAUUUUCUACAUGUGCAGCAGAAAUGAUAUUUGUUACAUUCUUUGCAUUGUGUCAUCAUUCUCGCUAUCUCUGACAAUAUAUCUAAUAUUGUUUCACCACGAUUAACUUUAACUCUCUGUUCCCUAAACUUCUGUUUUACUAUUGCCAAUUGUAUCUCAUGCAGAUAAUUCUUUUAAUUAUUUAACCUUAUUUUUGGUGAAAAUAUACACAGCGAAACCCAUUCCCAGGUCACAGUUUCUAGACAUAACGAUCAGGGACAUUGGUUACAUUCUUCACGUUGUGCCAACAUUCUCACUAUUUCUGUUCUAGGUGUUUGACUUGCAUUUGCUUAA